AUGGCGGACCCCAAUAAUGUCGCGCAGUACAAGUACUCGGCGAUGUCCAACCUGGUUCUCCAGGCGGAUCGCCGGUUUGUUACUCGCCGUGCUGAUGAGGUUACGGGUGACCCAGAGUCCCUGGCGGGCCGCCUCAGUAUCAAGGAUAUGGGCGUUCACGCCAUGCGUCCGGAAAUCAAACAGAAGAAAGCAUCUGCCCCAAAAGACAUUGAGCGCGGAGGGAUAAGAGAAGGUGCAGAUGUAUUGAAGCGGGAACAGCGCAAGAGGAAACGAGGAGAGCAGGCACAACUUCGAGGUGUUGGGAUAUUGUCCGCCGCAGACGCCCUCAUCGAAGGUCUCAAAUACCGACCGCGAACGGCUGCAACUCAAGCUACAUACGAUUUGAUAUUGACAACAACGGCAAGCCACCUGGGAGAUGUACCACAUGAUGUCAUUCGAAGCGCUGCAGAUGCCAUCUUAGAACUCCUGAAGGACGAGAACAUGAAAGAUUUCGAUAAGAAAAAAGAAGUGGACGAUCUUUUAGGUGUUACUAUGGGUCCAAAAGAAUUCAAUGAGUUGGUAAACCUCGGGAAGAAAAUAACAGACUACGACGCUCAAGACGAGGAUGAAGUGAAUGCCGCCGGAGCGGAAGGGGAGGAUGGUGCUGAGCUAGAUGAACGUCAGGGUGUGGCUGUCGUGUUCGAUGAAUCCGAUGAAGAUGAGGAUGAAAUGCGACCCGACGCAGAAGUUAGAGACGAAGGAGAGAGCAGUGAGGAUGAAGACAUGUCUGAUGAGGGACCCGCCGACGAGGGUGAAGCUGCACGGAAUAUACCCGAAGAUGUGAUGGGAAUGGGGGACGAAGAUAUGAUCAUUGAUGCAGGAGCUGGGGCUGCCGCCGGAAAAUCCGAAGCCAGCACGAAAAUUGUGCCCGCUCGUGAGAUUGAUGCGUACUGGUUACAAAGACAGAUUGGAAAUAUUUACUCGGAUGCCCAUAUACAACACGAGAAGGCUCAGGAAGCCUUUGCUUUGAUGAGCGAACAGUCAGAUGAUGGCACUCCCAAGCCAUUGAGAGACGUUGAAAAUGACCUGAUGGAACUGUUUGACUAUGACCAUCCUGAGCUUGUUGGAACUUUGGUCCUCAACCGUGAUAGAAUUGUUUGGACGACAAAGUGGCGAAGGGAGGCUGAAAAUACUGAUGCCAGACAUCUCAUCGAAAACCAGAUGAUAGAAAGCGGACACCGACUCCUCCUCGAUGAACUCAUUGGCAAGGCCCAAGGCGCCUCAGAGCGUCCCAGGAAAAAGAUGGAAGUUGACUCCAUGGAUGUCGAUACCCCCGUAACCAAAAAAGAGGAAGGGACUGACUUUAAACCAAGGACUAUGGUCGGUGGACUUCCUCCAUCAAAGGUUAUCAACCUUGAGAAUUUGGUUUUUGAUCAGGGCAACCAUCUAAUGACCAAUCCUAAUGUUAAACUCCCCCAAGGCUCCACGAAGCGAACAUUCAAGGGCUAUGAAGAGAUUCAUGUUCCUGCACCGAAACCUAGACGUGAUGAUGACAUUCGGAGGAUACCAAUCACUGAACUUCCGGAUUGGUCUCGACCAGGUUUCGGCAACACUGAUAAACUGAACUUGAUUCAAUCGAAAUGUUUUCCUACUGCUUUCAAUGAUGACGGCAACAUGCUGAUUUGCGCGCCCACUGGGUCCGGUAAAACCAACGUCGCCAUGCUUACGAUGCUUCGUGAAAUUGGUAAAAACCGAAACCCGGAAACUGGUGAAAUUAUGCUUGACGACUUCAAAAUCAUUUACAUAGCUCCAUUGAAAGCUUUGGUCCAGGAGCAAGUAGGAAACUUUGGAAAGCGUCUUCAACAUUAUGGCAUCAAAGUUUCCGAGCUCACCGGUGACCGUCAGUUAACCAAACAGCAGAUAGCAGAUACCCAGCUCAUUGUUACAACUCCAGAAAAGUGGGAUAUCAUAACAAGAAAAGCAACCGAUACAAGCUAUACUCGCUUAGUUAGGCUCGUUAUCAUCGAUGAAAUUCAUCUACUUCACGAUGAACGUGGUCCUGUGCUGGAAAGUAUAGUCAGCCGAACGAUACGAAAGACAGAGCAGACCGGAGAGCCCGUCAGAUUAGUUGGACUUAGUGCGACUCUUCCCAACUAUCGUGAUGUGGGCAGUUUCCUACGCGUUGACCCUAUCCACGGCUUGUUUCAUUUCGAUGGCACUUUUAGGCCAUGCCCAUUGAAACAAGAAUUUAUUGGUGUUACAGACAAAAAGGCAAUUAAGCAGUUGAAAACAAUGAACGAUAUCUGCUACACCAAAGUCCUUGAUCAAGUGGGCGCCAACAAAAAUCAAAUGCUGAUAUUCGUCCAUUCACGGAAGGAAACUCUCAAAACAGCAAGGUAUAUCAGAGACAAGGCAGUUGAGACGGAAACGAUUGGCCAGAUUUUAAGAAGUGAUGCGGCCAGCCGUGCUAUCUUAGCUGAAGAGGCUGAUUCAGUGAAUGAUCCUGGACUGAGAGACCUGAUGCCUUACGGAUUUGGAAUCCAUCAUGCUGGAAUGAGCAAAGCGGAUCGAACGUCUGUUGAAGAUCUGUUUGCAGACGGUAGUUUGCAAGUCCUUGUCUGCACUGCUACACUUGCGUGGGGUGUCAAUUUGCCCGCACAUUGUGUUAUCAUUAAGGGAACCCAAGUAUACUCUCCCGAGAAAGGCAGUUGGGUUGAGCUUAGCCCUCAAGAUGUCCUUCAGAUGCUUGGGCGAGCAGGUCGACCUCAGUACGAUUCAUUUGGUGAAGGCAUCAUAAUCACCACGCAGGGCGAACUUCAGUAUUACCUUUCACUACUCAACCAACAGCUACCCAUUGAAAGUCAGCUUAUGAGUAAACUUGCCGAUAACCUCAACGCCGAGAUUGUCCUCGGAAAUGUACGAUCUCGUGAAGAAGGCAUGGAAUGGCUAGGUUACACCUAUUUAUUCGUCAGAAUGCUUCGUUCUCCUGGACUUUAUAGCAUUGGCGCCGAUUAUGAACAUGACACCUCCCUUGAGCAGCGCCGUGUAGAUCUUAUCCACUCUGCGGCAAUGAUAUUGGAGAAAUCAAACCUCGUCAAAUACGAUAGAAAAACCGGCAAACUCCAGGCCACAGAGCUCGGACGCAUCGCGUCUCACUAUUAUAUUUCCCACAGCUCAAUGCUAACGUACAACCACCAUCUACAGCCCAUGAUUUCUACCAUUGACUUAUUCCGCAUUUUCUCUCUGAGCGAGGAAUUCAAGUAUAUUCCUGUUCGACAAGACGAGAAAUUGGAGUUAGCAAAGUUGUUAAGCAGAGUCCCUAUUCCUGUGAAGGAGAGCAUCGAGGAACCUCACGCUAAAAUUAAUGUGCUGCUUCAGGCUUUUAUUUCACGCCUAAAGCUAGACGGACUCGCCUUGAUGGCUGAUAUGGUGUAUGUCACCCAAUCUGCUGGUCGAAUCCUGCGUGCCAUCUUCGAGAUUACUCUUCGAAAGGGUUGGUCAUCUGUUGCAAAAACAGCUUUGGAUCUCUGCAAGAUGGCUGAAAAGCGAAUGUGGCCAACCAUGACUCCACUCCGCCAAUUUCCAAGCUGCCCUAGAGAUAUUAUGCAGAAGGCUGAACGAAUUGACGUCCCGUGGUCCAGUUACUUCGACCUAGACCCGCCACGAAUGGGUGAGCUUCUAGGUAUCCCUAAAGCUGGACGUAUCGUAUGUGACCUUGUCUCAAAGUUCCCCCGACUUGAACUGCAGGCGCAGGUACAGCCAAUGACUCGCUCGAUGCUCCGCGUUGAGUUGACCAUCACACCUAAUUUCACCUGGGACGAUUCGCUGCAUGGAAAUGCAGAGUCAUUCUGGAUUAUUGUCGAGGAUUGUGACGGAGAAGACAUUCUUUUCUAUGACCAGUUUAUCCUGAGGAAAGAAUAUGCAAUCUCGGAGAUGAACGAACAUCUGGUUGAAUUUACUGUUCCAAUCACUGAACCUAUGCCACCCAACUAUUUCAUCACCUUGCUUUCUGAUCGGUGGACACAUUCAGAAACCAAGGUUGCCGUUGCUUUCCAAAAGUUGAUUCUUCCCGAAAAGUUCCCACCCCAUACUCCACUCUUGGAUAUGCAGCCUGUUCCCGUCAAAGCUUUGAGGCGAGCAGAUUACCAAGGCCUAUAUCCCAACUGGGAGAAAUUCAAUAAAGUCCAGACCCAAGUAUUCAAGGCACUAUUUGAUUCUGACGACAACGUGUUCGUUGGUGCCCCUGUUGGGAGCGGAAAGACAGUAUGUGCCGAAUUCGCUAUUCUUAGGCAUUGGUCUAAGGAAGAUUCAAGAAAGGCAGUAUAUAUCGCUCCGUUCCAGGAACUUGUGGAUCAGAGACUUGCUGAUUGGACCGCUCGCUUGGCUAAUGUUGCCGGCGGUAAGUCAAUCCAGAAGCUUACCGGGGAGACUACCGCCGACCUCAAGAUCCUCGAUCGAGCAGAUCUCGUCCUUGCAACACCUAUGCAAUGGGACGUCAUCUCUCGACAGUGGCAGAGGCGCAAGAAUGUGCAAGCUGUCGAGCUCUUCGUUGCGGAUGACCUCAACAUUCUUGGAGGACAAGGGGGCUAUGUAUAUGAAGUCAUCGUGUCACGAAUGCAUUACAUAUCUCUUCAGACCGAACAAGAACUGCGGAUAGUCGGGCUUAGCGUUCCAUUAGCAAAUGCUCGUGAUAUUGGAGAAUGGCUUGGAGCAAAAAAGCAUACCAUUUUCAACUUCAGCCCUCAUGUCCGACCAGUUCCCCUGGAGUUGCAUAUUCAAUCUUUUACGAUACCCCAUUUCCCAUCCCUUAUGCUCGCCAUGGCCAAACCUGCGUACUUAUCCAUUCUGCAACUUUCACCCGACAAGCCUGCACUGAUAUUCGUACCCAGUCGCAAACAAGCUCGAUCGAGUGCUCUGGAUAUUUUCACUGCCUGCGUCGCUAGUGACAAUGAAGACCGAUUUCUGCACGCUGAUAUUGAUGAGAUAGCGCCUCUACUCGACCGGAUCGAGGAGAGAGCAUUGGCUGAAUCGAUAUCUCAUGGCAUUGGUUAUUACCACGAGGCCUUGAGCACAGGCGAUAAACGAAUUGUUUCACAUCUCUACAAGAUCGGUGCUCUUCAAGUUAUGCUUGCUUCUCGGGAUGUAUGCUGGGAACUUGACCUUACGGCACAUCUCGUCAUCAUCAUGGGAACGCAAUCAUUUGAUGGACGGGAACACCGAUAUCUCGACUACCCAAUUAGCGAGAUUCUCCAGAUGUUUGGAAAAGCCACGCGGCCUCGUGAGGAUAGAAUUGGCAAAGGUGUCCUAAUGGUCCCUGCCGUAAAGCGUGAAUAUUAUAAAAAAUUCCUCAAUGAGGCGCUACCGAUGGAAAGUCAUCUUCAACUGUAUCUUCAUGAUGCAUUUGUGACGGAAAUCAGCACGAAAACGAUCACAUCUACCCAAGACGCUGUUGACUGGAUGACUUACUCGUAUUUCUACAGACGACUUCUUGCCAACCCGAGCUAUUACGGCCUUACUGAUGUUAGCCACGAGGGACUGAGCACUUUCUUAUCAGAACUUGUUGAAAACACACUCAAGGAGUUGGCUGAAGCACAGAUUGUUGACAUGGACGAAGAUGAAAAUAUUUCUCCUCUGAAUGCUGCCAUGAUUGGUGCCUACUAUAACAUCUCCUUUAUCACUAUGCAGACCUUCCUUCUUUCGCUCUCGCCUAGGACCAAGCUUAAGGGCAUGCUUGAAAUUGUCACUUCUGCCACAGAAUUUGAGUCUAUUCAAGUACGACGUCAUGAAGAUUACAUUCUUCGCCGAGUUUACGACCGAGUACCUGUCAAAAUGGCCGAGCCUGCCUUCGACUCUCCACAUUUCAAAGCCUUUGUUCUCCUCCAAGCUCAUUUUUCACGUCUCCAACUACCAAUUGACCUUGCAAAGGACCAGGAAAUUAUUGUGGGCAAGAUCCUUAACCUCCUCAGUGCCUGUGUCGAUGUUCUCUCGUCCAAGGGCCAUCUGAACGCCAUGAACGCUAUGGAAAUGUCGCAGAUGGUUGUCCAAUCUAUGUGGGACAGGGAUAGUCCGCUAAUGCAGAUUCCCCACUUUGGUCCAAACGCAGUUAAAGCUGCCAACGAGUUCAAGAUUCGUGACAUCUUUGAGUUUAUGGAGGCUAUGGAUCCAUCGGAGAACAAGGACUACAGCACCCUUGUUAAGCGUCUCGGCCUUGAUAAUAAACAGCUCGCUCAGGCCGCUGCUUUUACCAACAACAAAUACCCGAACCUGGACCUUGACUUUACUGUGCUCGACCCAGAGGAGAUCACUGCCGGUGAACCUGCAUAUCUCAAAGUGAAGAUUGAGCGUGAGCUAGACGAAGAUGAGGAGCCAGAUACCACGGUCUCCGCUCCAUUCUAUCCUGCAAAGAAAAUGGAGAAUUGGUGGCUUGUGGUUGGUGAGGAGAAAACGAACAGUUUACUCUCGCUCAAGAGGGUAACUGUUGGACGGAAGCUGGAGAUGAAGCUAGAAUACGUCGUACCCAGCCCUGGAGAGCAUGAGUUGACCCUCUAUAUCAUGAGUGACAGUUAUGUAGGAGUGGACCAAGACCCUACCUUCAAGAUAACAGCUGCCGAGGGUAUGGAUGAGGAUGAAGACGAAGACGAAGAUGAGGAAGACGAAGAGUAG